UUCUAUAGCAUAUGGUAGUCAGCUCAGCUGCAUCCUUUGAUAUUCGCAAAUAACCCUGCAAGUUGCAAUAAGCGAACCCACUUGAAGCCAUGCAUCCUUUGCAAAUUAGUCUUAUAUAAAGUUACUAACCGGUAGAUAGCUGGAACGUACAAGCGAUGAAUAGGGACGUAUGGGCCGAGCGGCGAGAGCUGCUGGAAUACCUUCUAAAGGACCAUGCAAGGCGCGGGGGAAAGAUCAUCGGACCCCAGCAGGGUCUACUCUAUGACGCAAAAGUCUUGGACCAGGUCAACGUGACCGCUCUGCUCAAGCAGCUGCAAGCAGGAGGAGCUGUGGACAUCGCCAGGGCCACCGGCCCGCCACCCGUCAUCUCCAGCCCCGGCCCUCGCCCUCCCCUGGGCCCCUCCUCUUCCUCCUCACGCUUCCCAACCGCUGGCGACAACCCCUUCGGCCCGCCCCAGCCUGCUGCUGCCGGUGGCGCUUCCGGCCGCUCGGUCCCAGGCGAUAACCCCUUUGGCCCGCCUCCAGGCUCCUCCUUGGGAGGUAGCAACGGUGCAGCUGCUGUGCCUGCUGCGGCUUCUUCUCGGCACAUGCACCAUGUGUCUGCGGAUAACCCCUUUGGCGGGCCCAGCGAUGGUGGUGGCGGAGGCGGCAACGCAAAUCCCUUUGGGAGCACGCCCGCCGGCAAGCGGCCGAGCUCGGGUGCGGGCGCGGGCGGCACCAUCACGGCUGCGGAUGCGGCGAUGUUUUCCAAGACCAGGUCGAAAAAGGUGUCGGCCGGCAGUGGCGGCGGCAUGCUGGAUCCGCCCGUAACCGCCGUAGCAACCGCCACAAAGCUGUCGUACAACCUGACGACAGCGCCGUCGCCCUCGCGGCCCCAGCAGCAGCGGGGGGGCCCGGCGGGGGAGUACGACGGAGGUGCCGUACAUCGGGUCAGCGAUGGCGACCGUAGCGGCGGUGGUGGGGGUGUGGGUGGUGACAUGGACGAUGGCGCGGGGGGCAUCCGGCCUCCGCCACUGGACCUGCCCCAGCUGGAGACGGGUCAGACGGAGGACCAGCUGCGCGACCUGGCCUUCCUGCUCUUCGCCGCCUGCGCCUCCGGCACCGGCCUGCCGCAGCACUCGGCGCUGCUGCCCGUGGUACGACAGCAGCUGCUGGUGGAGGAGGGGCGCGCGGCGGACAUUGGGCGGGUGCUGCGGCACAUACAGCCGGGUGGUGAGCCCACCCUACUCGAUGCCCUGCACCCCGCCCACCCGCCCUCCUCCUCGCCUCCCGCCGGCAGCCGCCACGCCAGCGCCGCCGGGCUGUGGCGCCCCAGCCAGCGAGCCUCCCUGGAGCUGCUGCUGCGCCUCAUUGCUGUCGUACGUCCCACCGACUUUGAGGGCGGUAGCAACAACAACACGGGCAGCGCCACCUCCCACCCCUCUGCCUCAGCUGCCGGUUCCGGCUCCGCACCCGGUGUGAUCUCGCAUCGUGCCUUCCGCGGCUUCCUGCGCUGGAAGGACGUGACGGUGGCGGUGCUGGAGCGGCAGUUGGCGCUGGCGGUGGAGGCGGGGUGGAGCGGCGAGCGGCCGCAGCUCAGGAAGAUGCUGGCGAGGAUGCACGGCGCGGCUCGUCGCGCGGACGUGCGUGGCGAGGGCGACUUCGAGGAGGAGGAGUACGGCGAGGCGACCCGCGUGCUGGCGGAGGUGGCGGGGCGGCUGGCGGAGGGGUGCGCCACGGGGAUGCGCUUCCCCUGGGCGGUGCGCGUGAGGCUGUGCGAGAUACUCAUCACGGCCAUCUUCGACAGCCUGGAGCCGGGUGUGUACAUCGACGAGGCGGCGCUGGUGCUGCAGUUCCUGGAGUCAGUCAUGUGGCCCGCACUGGGGCUGUCGGCGCCGGCAGCGCUGGCGGUGAGCGCCUGGGUUCACUUCAGCAUGUACGUCGCCACGGGGUGUCGGGAGCAGCGGCUGGUGAAGCACCUCAAGCAGCUCAUUGCUCGGCUGGCGGCGGCGGCAGCGGAGGCGCCCAUGAAGGGGAGCGACCCCUUCGGUCUGGGUCCCGAGGCCACGGGUGCUGCCGUACCGUCGGCGUGCGGAGGUGGGUCGUACGGCGGUACGGCAGCCCCCUCCGCUCCGGCAGAGGAGCUAGCCCGCGACACGGCUCUGGCGGCCCAGGUGGCCGACCGCAUCGUGGAGUGGGUGUACGACAAGCUGUGCGACUACCAUGCGGCCUUCCCGAAGGGUGAGAACAUGUCGGCGCUGCUGGACGUGUUUGUGUUCGCGGCUCGCAGCCGGGGCGACCCGCCGGAGCGGCUGGCGGCGCUGCUGGCGGCGGCGGUGGCGGACAGCACGGCGGCGCAGUUCGGGCGGCUCAUGCGGGCGAGGGUGGACACAGAGGGGUCAAACGAGACCCGGCUGCUGCAGCUCGCCUCCGUGGUGCACGACAUCGCGGACGCGGCCGAGUCGCUCUUCUGCGGCGCCCUGCUGGCCCCCCACCUGCCCGCCGCGCUGCCGGUGGCGGCGGCGCACCUGCACGGGCUGUACGGCAGCCACCUGGCGCCCUGGCUGCACACGGUGGGCGGCAUCAGUCCUGCCGUGCUGGACGUAUUCCGCACCGCCAACGCACUGGAGCAGCGCCUGACUGCACACAUCGCCAAGGCGGGACCCCCACCCCCUCCUGCUGCUGCUGCUGCUGCCCCGGGUGCCGUACCUCCUCCUGCUCCUGCUGGGGCCGCAGCGGCUGCUGCUACCCCCGUAGCUACUCCCACCAAGUCCGUUUCAUCAGGGGGCAAUGCAGGCGCACUGGGUGCAGCCGGCAGCAGCUUCAGCAGCGCCAAGAAGGACGGCGCCAACGGCAGCAGCAGCAGCGCUAGUGCGGGCGGGGAGGCAGCCGCCGCGUCCAAAACACCAUCCCCCGUAUUUCCCGGCGGCGGCGCCGCACCCACUGCCGUACCCACCCCUGCUGCUGCUGCUGGUGCGGGCAGCGGGUCGCUGUACCCCCCCGUGCCUAGUUGCGCUCCUGUCGCCCAACCGCACCCGCACCCCGGGGUGGUGUACGAGGUGCUGUCGGCGCACCGGCGGUGGGACCUGGCGGGGCCGCUCAAGGGGGCCAUGCUGCAGUGGGUGUCCUCCCAGGUAGCCAGCAUGAACACUUGGGCCGCCAGGGCGCUGCAGGCGGAGAAGUGGAGACCCAUGGGUUCGGGCCCGGACGCCUCGCACACACAGAGUGCGGUGGACGUGUCUCGCAUGUCGUUUGAGGCGGUUGAGGCGUUGUACGGCAUGGACGUGCCCAUGCCGCCCGAGGUGCCGUACGCGCUGCUUGAUGGGAUUGAUGCCGUACUGCGCAAGUACGUGACCCACGUGAAUGAGAAGCUGGGUGACCUGCAGCGAGUCAUGCCGCCCCUGCCGCCACUCACGAGAUACAAAAAGGACGUGGUUGUGAAGCAGGAGCAUGCGGAGAUGGAGGCGGGUCGGGGCAGCGCCAAGGGCAAGCAGAAGGUCGCCUUCCUGGCGUCCGUGCCCACGGUCGAGUCCUCCCCCGAGCUGACCAACAUGAGCGCCUCCCUCACCCCGGAGGCCCUGGCGGCAGCAGCAGGCAGCCUGCACUACCUGGGGGGCAGGGCGGAGGCGCUGAGGGAGCUCUGUCGCGAGCGGCAGCAGCAGUCCGUCGCCGCGCACUCCGCAGCCAACCCCUCCACCGCCGGCAAGGCCUCCUCGAAGCAGCUGCUGCUGGCGGAGGCGCCCUCCUCCUCCCCCGAGCCCUCCGAGCCGCCCCUCUCGCAGGCCCGUACGGCACUGUCGGCCGGCAUGCAGUACGCCUGCAAGUUCCUGGCGACACGGAUUGUGUUUUGGGACCAGCGGGCCAACUGGCUGGAGCUGCUGUACCGCCACCACGUCACCGCCCCCGGGGCGCGCAUCGAGCCGCAGCUGGAGGCGCUCAACAAGGUGCUGGGCGCGCUGUGCCCCGCCAUGCAGGAGGCCGUGAGGAACGCGUUUGCACGACACCUGCUGAUAGCUGCGGUGCAGGCCAUGGAGCGGGUGUUGCUGGACGGAGGGCCCUGCCGCUGGUUCACUCCAGCGGAUGUGACGGCCAUUGAACAGGACCUGUUCAAGCUGCGGUCGCUGUUCCACGCGGAGGGGGAGGGGCUGGAGCGGGAGGUGAUCGACGGGGAGCUGGAGCGGCUGCGGAGGCUGCUGCCGCUGAUGAAGCUGGAGGUGGGGCCGCUCAUGGACCUGCUCAAAACGGCUCGCACGCACGGCACCGCGCAGCUGACCGCCUCCAACGGGGCUCCGGGAGCCGCCUUCGACGAGUCCUCCCUCAUGCGCGUCAUCGCCCACCGGCCCGAGCGCAACGGCUCCAAGCUGCUCAAGACGCUGUACAAGCUGCCCAAGAAGCCCAAAUAGACAGGGGGGAGGUGUUCACAGGGCAUUGAGCCGCUACGAAAUACUGGACAAGUAGGGGGUAGGGAGGGGCAUGCGCAUAGGGGAUGGGUUGGGUGCAAGUAAGGUGAGGGGCACAAGGCGAAGAGACAGCAGCGGCGGUGGACGGGGGCAGCGGCACAUGGGAAAAGGGCGAAAGGAGCUGAUGUCGUGGGGCUCUGUCGUGGGGCGAGCGUACUGAAAAGGGCGGGUGCAUGCGCUGCGGGGUGCCGUACUCGGGUAGGUAAAGUCGAGGUCCCCUAGGUAAGGCGAUCCAGAGGGGGCUUGUAGGUAUGAGGAGUUUCGGGCGGGAGAAACAGGAGGUGGGUUGACUGGGGAUGACUGGGGCUUGGACUGGCAGUGACCGGCGGAGGAAGAAGGGGCGGAGGUUAACGCGUCUUGUCCUUGAUGUGGACUGAAGGAACGUUGUGGAGCGGAGUGAAGGCCUGAAGGGCGUUUGUGUGUCGUGCUGAGAAGCACAAGCUCUCGGAGCACGAGUGUUAGCUGUUUCCUGUUAACUACACAUCUCUCGCGCCGUCAGCCCGUCAGCCUGGGUAGUCCUACAAUCUCUCACUGUGGAUGCGGCGCAUGGAGGCAGCACAUGACCCGCAAGCCAGUGGCCACACCCCUGUACACAGGGGGAUCAGAUGUGGGUCGCUCUUUGACAUCAGCCCCACACCUGCUCCCCCCCUGCGUUGUUGCAUUUAUUUAUAAUUUUCCCCCAUCCUGCAGCAGUAGCACACAACGCAACUCAACC